UUGAAGGUGAACAAAAUGAAAGUCGCUGCAGUGCUCGUUAUUGCCUUGACCUCGCUGGUCGCUGUGUCCCAGCAGUGUCCCCGCAUCAUCAACCGUGCCGGAUGGGGAGCCCGUGCUGCCAACACUGCUGUCCUACCGAACCGUCCAGCCCCGUGGGUUGUGAUGCACCACACCGCCGGUGCCCACUGUACCACGGAUGCCGCCUGUGCCCAGCAGAUGCGUAACAUUCAGAACUUCCACAUGAACACCAACGGAUGGGCCGAUAUCGGGUACAACUGGUGCAUCGGUGAGAAUGGUGCUGCCUACGAGGGUCGCGGUUGGGGACGUCAGGGUGCCCACGCUCCCGGAUACAACGAUCGUUCGAUGGGUCUGUGCGUGAUGGGAACGUUUACCAAUGCCAUCCCGAAUGCGGCAGCUAGAAAUGCCGCUCAGUCGUUGAUCGCGUGCGGUGUUUCCCAGGGACACAUUGCCAGCAACUAUUGGCUGAUUGGACAUCGACAGGCUACGGCCACCGCUUGUCCGGGAAAUGCUUUCUUCAAUGAGAUCCGUAACUGGCCGCGUUUUAAUCCUAAUGUUUAGGGGAAAUUGUUAUUAUAUAACCCGAUUUAGGAGUUUUAAAUAAAUACUUGGUUAUGGGAAGGUAUGUUCUGUUGAACGCUGGAUCUUUCUUCCAAGAGAUGUUGUAUCAUGA